AUGAUCCCUGACGUAAAGGAUGGCUCGGAUCUUAUGGUAAAUCGGCAGUUUUCUCACCCUGCGCUUGGUCGCGCUGGUUGGUACGCGUUGGCAGCAGAUCCGGACCAACUUUACAAUUUGUUCAGCAAGGAUUACGAGCAAUGGAAUGCGCCAGCAAGUUUGAUCAUGGACCAGCUCUCGUUAAGAAAAUGGGGACUCUUGCUCUGGCCUUUCCGUCGUAUGCCGAAGCUGGCAGAGUGGGCGUCUGCCACCGGACGCACCAUAAUCAUCGGCGACGCCGCUCAUUCCAUGCCACCUUCCUCAGGCCAGGGUGUCAAUCAGGCGUUUGAGGAUGCUUAUACCCUCACCUUGCUCUUAGACUCGCUCCCACCCCGGGCAAACCUCAAGGAGGCAUUAUCCUUUUGGCGGAACCUGCGGCAGGCGCGCAUCGAUGCUAUCCUAAGGAUGGCCGCCGAAACAGACGCCAGCAGACUUCCCGAGGCUGAGAGACACGACCAUGGCCGAGGCCAGCGAUGCCAUGAUCAACGCGAGUCGCACGCCUCGGAGGAUCUGCAAUGGCUAUAUUCACCUACUAUGGACGACGAUAUUGCCGAAUGGAUCAGGACUCAGACCUAG